CUGCUUGUCCGUGAACAAUCGGAUUCCCGACCCGAAUAGGGAAAACCCCCUUCGAGUGACAUCAUCACCUCAGUAUAGAUCUACUAAAGCACCAAAUCCCCCUCACAACCGACAGCCAUACGUCUCGAAAUCCGCACUGCUAACUCUUCGCUCCGCAUCCGCCAUGCUCGCUGAAAUCGACACCCUCGAAAUCCACGUCCUCGUCAACGACGAGCUGGAUCCCAUCUCGCCGAGCCCGAAUCCCGCCGUGCAGGUCGCCAGCCGGUUCAUGGGCAUCCCACUCAGUCCGCUAGACCCUGCCUCCGAGCGAGGCGGCGCGCAGAUGGAAAUGCGCAUGGAUAAUAUCUGCUGUGCGGCGCACGGCAUUUCCCUGCUGCUUAUUGCCACCAAAGGCGACAAGAAGCACGUUCUGCUCUUCGACGCCGGGCCCGAAGGCGACGUCUGGGAGCGGAACUCUGCGCGCUUGCGAGCAGAGGUCGGGCGCAUCGAGCACGUUGCUCUGUCGCAUUAUCAUCGGGAUCACUCGGGUGGUCUAACCCGGGCAAUCGAACUGAUCAACGCCAGCAAACUCGCCACCGGAGGAACGGGGACGGCGGUCGUGGUGGACGUGCACCCCGACCGACCAGCCUAUCGAGGCGUGCAAGCCGACCGCCCGAUUUCUCUCGAGGCGGACCCGUCGUUCGAAGAGCUCGAAGCCGCCGGAGCGACCCUGGUCAAGAGUGACCGGGCGCAUACGGUGCUGGAUGAUUUCUUCCUGGUCUCGGGCGAGAUUCCGCGCGACACGACCUACGAGGAUGGCAUCUACGGCGGGAUCCGGUUCAACGAGGGCACGGGGCAGUGGGAGGAGGAUACGCUGAUCAUGGAGGAGCGCUACGUGAUGUGUAAUAUCAAAGGGAAGGGGCUUGUGGUCUUCACGGGCUGUGGCCAUGCCGGGGUGGUGAAUACGUGCCGGGACGCGGUUAAGCUCGGAAACGGCAGUUCGUUGUACUGCGUUGUGGGCGGGUAUCAUUUGGCAGAUGCCGACGAUGCCAAGUUAAAUGCGACGAUGGGGGAUUUGAAAAAGCUGGAUCCGAAGGUCUUGCUUACCGGUCAUUGCACGGGGUGGCGGUUCAAGUGUGUUAUUGCAAGAGAUAUACCGAAUUGUCUCGUGCCGUGUUUCUCGGGGAGCAAAUACACUUUGUAAGGUUGAACGGAGGUCAGGGAAUGCGUAUAAGGGUGAUUGAUUUGCAAAGCUAUGUGGUCAGGAGUGAGUGGAGUCUUUCUUUCUUUCUUUCUUUUUUUUUUCCCUCUCUGGUCCGAGGACAUUGUAUACCGAAUCUCGACAUGUGUGUAUUCACCGCAUGCAAACACGCCACAGGCUCAGGGAUUGCAAAGAAAGUGACCGGGGCCUAAGGCUU